AUGACUGAUUCGCGAGGAGGCCACUCGUCUGAACUUGAGCAGACGCCCCUUGAUUCGCACCAACACGGCCAGGCACAAAACAUCAUCGAUGAGACCUCCGCGACGUACGGCACCACUACCCAGCCAGACCUCGGGGCCAACAUGGAAGUCCAUGGCGAGGCGCUCAAGGACAAGGUCGACGGUGCCGUGAGGACUGGGCCGAAGGUGGCCGACGAGACUACCGGCGGCAGAGUGCAGGUCGCCGAGACGGGCGACUUGCACGAGCUUGCUGCGAAGAGGCAGCCUUAG